AGUGGAUAUAGUAUCGCAUGAUUUAUUAUUAAAAAGUUGACAUAAAUUUAUUUGCAGCAUCACGUAGGUUUCGUUGACAAAGAUGCUUCACUGAGCUUGAGAUAUUCUGUGCCUAUAUUUUGGAUACAAACAGACUAUGUCGCGAAAACUGGUUUGUUUUCUGUGGUGCAUCAUCAUAGUAACAGCAUUCUACGUCAUGGUAACCAUAAUGACAAACUUUAGUGAGGCAAGAGGGAAAAUGAUCUACAUGAAUGGCUUAGAUGCAUUUUACAGAGAUGUCGGCAUGAGAGGGUUCGAUCGUCAACUAUUGUUUCGACAAGGUCUCGGCGUACAAAAUGCAUUUGGAGAAAUAGUAGCCGACCAACCUCCAGAUAAAGACAUCCAAUAUCUUUUCGUCAAUGAAGGGAGCAAUUUGCUACCGGAAGUAAAAAAGUCUGUCGAAACGGAAGGAAGUGCUGCUAAUAACAAAAGUGGUAAUUCUACCGAAAAACGUCAAAGUAGUCUAGAAAAAUUAGUAGCCGAAAAAAGGAUGAAAGAGCAGUAUUAUAAAUUGCGAAGUUUUAGAAUCAAUCCAUUUGAAUUUAAGUUUAUUGAAACCGGUGAAAACAUUUGUGAAAAAGACGAAGAACCAUUUCUAGUUAUUCUGUGUCUUACACAAUUUUACGACAUUGAAACAAGAGAAGCAAUUAGGGAAACAUGGGGAAGUGUGGCAAGAACAAGACAAUGGCCAAGUUUUCGAUUUAAGAUUCCUACUGUAAAACUGGUGUUUUUAUUUGGUGAUCAUGAAAAUUCAUUGGUUAAAAAAACUAUCAUUACAGAUGAGAAACUCAGAUUUGGCGAUAUUGCAGUAGCUGACUUUAAAGACACAUAUUCUAAUUUAACUCUUAAAGUAAUGAUGGGAUUAAAAUGGGUAUCGAAGUACUGUCCCAAAGCAAAAUUUGUUACGAAAAUAGACCAGGAUACUUUUUUGCACGUAGUUAAUCUUAUAAAAUAUUUGAGUUUUUUACCCAUCCCUGCCCAAGGCGCCAUGAUAGGCUUUCAAAAUAGUGAGUCAAAAGUGCUCAGGACUGGAAGAUGGCGUGUAGAACGAACUAGAUUCCCUAUGCAUAAUUACCCAAAUUAUACAAAUGGAAACUGUUACGUCAUUUCCGGUAAUGCAGUUGGGAGUUUAUUUGAAGCAGCAGAGCGCAUGCCAUACAUCACGGUUGAAGAUGCUUUUAUAACAGGUAUCGUCCGCACAACUCUAGGUUUAAAGUUGAUUGACAAUAAAGGAUUCACCAGGUGGAAUGAAAAACCACCGAGGCUAUGUGGUUUCCACAAUGACAUUCGUAUAGCAGCAACAAACACAGACGAUGACAGAAAACGUAAACUAUGGAAAGCCUUAGGUUACAGAAAUCUAAGGAACUGUUACGAUGUAACUAAACAUGCCGACACUUAGCGAUAAUACUUAAAUGAUAAUCUUAGACUUGCCGAAAGAAUGGUGUUGCCAAAAGCCAUCGGUCAAUCUUAAGUAUAGUGCGAUCAUUUUCUUUCUAACCUGGCUGGGAAAGUAAACAUGUUUUAAGAUUUUGGAUGAUUUGUCUCAGUUUGUUCUGUACACGGGUAUUUAUGCAAGUUACGGGAACAUGUCUUGAGUAAAGUUGUACUGAACAGCAAGAAUAGCGGCAGAUUUGGUCGAGCAACUUUACUAUAAUUUUUUAUAAGCGACCACGAUCUACAGAACUCAGUAUGUUGUAUUAUGUCUGUACAUUAAAUUAGAUCAUUUCAUUACAUGUAUUUGAAAGUUAUAUAUUUUAUAGUGCAUGUCUGCAAUCUGAUUUCCUUAUUGUUUUGUGAAAGUUCAGUUAAAUGUUUCCGCCAUUAACUUCAGUGCAAUUCAUUAUGAACCUAACACCGGGAACCGCAAGUGAAAUUUUACAGCCUUGUUUACGGCGCUUGUUUACUUUAUCGACGGGAGAAACCAACAUUUCUACAAAAGUAGUGUACAUUUUUUCAUUCAAUAAAUAUCUUAUUUGGUCAUAAAUAUCGAUGUUUAUUUCGCUACGAUGUUUCUUUUGACGUUGAAGUUGUACCUUCAUUCCGCCAUAUUGUUCUCGCAUUGGUCGAGGUCCUCCCGUUCAGGAGGUGGUGUGAAAUUUUACCCGAGAACAAUGUUUUUUGGCCUUGUUCGUGUCAUAUAGGGUGAUUCUAUCUCUGGUCGGACACAGAAGAACGUGAAGAACGAAGCGCCCAAGGACGCCC